AGAACGAGACUCCGUCUCAAAAAAAAAAAAAAAAAAGUGACAAUGUAGGAUACCCUUUCAUCGGCAAAUAUUGACUGUGAGUAGAACAAUGUGCUAAGUCUAUAAACUGCAAAGAGGAGUGGGGCUCGGUUCCCAUCCUCUGAGGCUUACAAGGUAGCUGAAGUAGAACUCAAACCACAAAGUGAAGUUAAUAGUCACCAAUGAACUACAUAGUUAGUAAGCUCUCCACUCGUUCGGAAGAGGGCAAGAGUAACAAGACAGUAAUCCUAAAGGAGAUGGACUUGAGUUUGAGCUGGACCUGAAGUCAGGAGCUGGAGUGAGUAAAGGCAGAGGGGUGGGAACAUUUGUGAACCAAAGCUCAGAUGGGGGUUACAGCAGGCAGGGUGGGGAUAGACUGGGAUGACUUUGAAUGCUAUGCCACUCUAAGGACUUCGGACUUGACUCUACAAGCAAGGUGGAAUUAUUAAGAGGUUUUGAGUAGAAAUGAUGUGAGCUGAACAGUGCUUUUGAGAAACUAAAUCUAUCAGGGAUUGGUGCUCCAAAUUAAUUGGAUGUGUUUCAGACUUGAGAUCAUGAGACCCUAACCCAGCCUGGGAACAAUGGGAUGUCUCCAUCAUACAUUACAUUCCUGUGAAUACUUCUCAGGGAUUCAUAUGAAAUUGUGCCUCAAUGUGCCUACCUGUCUCUGCACUGUAAGACAAUGAUAUUGUGAUCCUGUGUGCUGCUUGGAACCAGCCUCAUUCCUUUAGCACCCCAGUUUGGACUUGGAAUAGGCCCAAGUGUGGCCUGUACACAAACCUCAAAGAAUCCAUGUGGCAUAGAUGUAAAAGCUGGGAGGAAUCUUGGAGCCCUCCAAGUCCUCCUCUUCAACUUAGAAAGAAACUAAAUCUUGCUCAUCUCCCCAAUGACAGAUUCAGCAUGUGGCCUCAGAUCUUCCUGUGCUCCAGCAGUGCUACUGAGGCUAGUUCAAAUUCUGCUUUGAGGUGUGCAUGUACCAAUUCUGGUACAAUCCAGAAGCAUUUUGGACGAAUGAAGGAGUUGUUUAUGUUUUCUUGCCCUAAUUGAGAUAGUUGAAGCUGCUCUCCCUUACUCUACACCAAGCCCCCAGAUCUGGUACCUCCCUGAGUCCCUGACUUCAUCUCUGCCAAUUCCCUGCCUUGCUGUUUCCCCCACAACACCCUAUUAUUUCUUGCAUCCUGCCAUUGGUUGUGUUGUCCUCAUUUUCUGAAGCCUUUACCUCCCGUCUUAGGCCUCAUCACCUCCAGGAGACUCUCCAUGGCCUCAGCCCCUCCCUUAGGUGGACCAAGCUUCCUCCUUGGAGCUCCAUGCUACCCUGCAUAGGGCUCAGUCACUGUGUCUCCAUGAUGUCUUACAAUUGUCUAUUUAUGUGUCUGCCUCCUAUCCUUCAACUGUGAGCUCCCUGAGGAAAGAAAGUGUGGGUACGCAUCAUUGAAUACUCAGCGUCUAGCACAGUGCCUGGUACACGCUAGGUAUUGAAAUGUCUGAUAAAUAAAUGAAUGACAGUUGUAUAUUUGUCUUCUUGGUAUAUUCAUUCAUUUGAUAAAUAUGUAUUGAGUAAUUACUUAUAAUCGAAUUGGCGCUGUAUAGUUACACUUAAACAUCAAAAUAAACCUAUCCUCUCAAGCUCCAAAUUAUGCAUGCAUAAAUUAUACAUGUGAAGUGUUAACAUGCACACGCAGCAGAGAGUGUGCGUAUCUACAAAUACCAGAGCUAGCAAAUGAAAUAAACUGUGUGCCAGAUGUCCCGAAAUUUACAAAGAACCAAGAACCAAAAAUGACAGUUAGCUCCGUAAGCCCAACAAAAGAAAAAAAAAAAAAGGAAAAGAGCAAAAAAGCAAAAGAACAAAGGAACCUUGAGCAUAAGGAAGUGGCUAUGGUUUUUUCUACAUACUGAAGCCGGGGGUGGGGAAGAGUCAUAAAACCUUUCUGUGCUGGACCGGUUCAUGUUAAGUCUGAGUUCCUCAAUCGCUGGUUCUCAGGAGCUGUUUGGAAAAUUCAUUGCCAUGCACGAGUCGGGGGACUGGUUUUUUUCCACUGGAAAUUGUUAAUGGGGACUGCAUUAGCGGCCCCUUAUCACCUUGCCUGAUAGAGAGACAGCAGGUUCGCCCAAACAAUUCUGGAAUCCUGAUCACUGCCAAUUAGGGGAGUAUUGUCUGGCUGACAUAAUCAACUUCACGUUACGGCAUGGAAGCUGUCGCCAAGUUUGAUUUCACUGCCUCAGGUGAGGAUGAACUGAGCUUUCACACUGGAGAUGUUUUGAAGAUUUUGAGUAACCAAGAGGAGUGGUUUAAGGCGGAGCUUGGGAGCCAGGAAGGAUAUGUGCCCAAGAAUUUCAUAGACAUCCAGUUUCCCGAAUGGUUUCACGAAGGCCUCUCUCGACACCAGGCAGAGAACUUACUCAUGGGCAAGGAGGUUGGUUUCUUCAUCAUCCGGGCCAGCCAGAGCUCCCCAGGGGACUUCUCCAUCUCUGUCAGGCAUGAGGAUGACGUUCAACACUUCAAGGUCAUGCGAGACAACAAGGGUAAUUACUUUCUGUGGACUGAGAAGUUUCCAUCCCUAAACAAGCUGGUGGACUACUACAGGACAAAUUCCAUCUCCAGACAGAAGCAGAUCUUCCUUAGAGACAGAACCCGAGAAGACCAGGGUCACCGGGGCAACAGCCUGGACCGGAGGUCCCAGGGAGGCCCACACCUCAGUGGGGCUGUGGGAGAAGAAAUCCGUCCUUCGAUGAACCGGAAGCUGUCGGAUCACCCCCCAGCCCUUCCCCUGCAGCAGCACCAGCACCAGCUACAGCCUCCGCAGUACGCCCCAGCGCCCCAGCAGCUGCAGCAGCCCCCACAGCAGCGGUAUCUGCAGCACCACCAUUUCCACCAGGAACGCCGAGGAGGCAGCCUUGACAUAAACGAUGGGCACUGUGGCACCAGCCUGGGCAGUGAAAUGAAUGCAGCCCUUAUGCAUCGGAGACACACAGACCCAGUGCAGCUCCAGGCAGCAGGGCGAGUGCGGUGGGCCCGGGCGCUGUACGACUUUGAGGCCCUGGAGGAUGACGAGCUGGGUUUCCACAGCGGGGAGGUGGUGGAAGUCCUGGAUAGCUCCAACCCAUCCUGGUGGACCGGCCGCCUGCACAACAAGCUGGGCCUCUUCCCUGCCAACUACGUGGCACCCAUGACCCGAUGAACCCUUCAGGGGACAGAAGCUUUUUGUCUGGAGCUGCCCACAAGGAAGGGGGCAAGGAAAAAAGGCUGGACUCCAUGACUAUAUAUACAUACAUCUGUCUGCGUCUGCCUGUGUACACACAACAUUUUAUACUAGUAAUUUAUUGGCAAUUGGGCUGGUAAUUAGUUGAUGCAAAGGGGAACUCAGGUGGAGAAGAAUACUCACACUUGCUUUUCUGCUCCCCUCAGGGGUGUGUGGAAGGCACUGGGGGAGUUGGGAGGGGGGCAGGGAGAUGAAAUGGAGCUUUGUCCUGGCCUUCAGCUGUCACUGCUUCCUCCUUGUCUUGGGAAUUUUCACGGAGAACAGCUAAGCAGAGACUGCACCUCGGCAUUGGACACAGAACAACAGGGUGGGGUUGAACAUGGUGGGGCACGUUCUAGCUGACCUGUGAGCCCCGCUCACCUAGAGGGCUUGCAGGGCAGCUCUCCUCCUAUUCUCCAAGGGGUGGGCACUGCUGCAUUGGGAAUUAAGGUGCAGCUCAGUGCCACGGGCAGCCAAGCCAGUCUGAGCAGGGAUGUGGAGGCAGGACGGGGUUGGAAAGACUCUGCCUGUGCGAGGCUGGCCUCCUAGUCAACACCUAGCUGAGACAUCCAUCUCUGUUCAAAUUAAUAUUCCUUGGGUCUUUCAAAUGAACGUUCCAAUGUGAGGAGCCAAGUCCUGGGAAAUCGAGGGGUUUUCCACGAUCCCCAAGCAGCUUACUCAGUGUAACCUCUACUUCCCCAGCUAUGGAGGAAA